AACGUUAAGGACUGCCUGUGUUGUCUUAUGUUGAGUUGGCAGUUGGCUGCUGUUAAUUCACAACUUCGUGAUACAGUUCUAGUAAUCCAGACUCCAACUGAGUGAUCCAUUUCUGCUGGUUUGACAACCCAGUUACGGGAUGUGAAGCCAUGGGACUGUAAUCAUAAAGUAUUAAAAUGUCGUUCAGAAAAGUUCAUAUCUUGAUGAUCCUACUUGUUGCAGUAGUGUUUUUGAUAGUUGUACGCCAUAAUCUAAUUAAUGUGCAUGAUCUAUUGAGCAAGGGAAAAUCAGAACUGAAGUAUGGUGGACUGAAGCCUGAUGACAUUCUCAGAGUUACAGAAGAGCGGACUGGUGAAGAGAUUCCAAUUCUCAUCCCUGCUGUAGAAGAGCGACUUGGCGGAGUAAUAGCAGCUAUCAACAGUAUAUAUAGUAACACCAGAUCUAAUGUGGUCUUUUAUAUAGUUACUACAAAUGAUACGAUCAUUCACUUAAGAUCUUGGCUUCAGAAACGGGAACUGACGAGCAUCAAAUGUCAAAUUCUGGAAUUUAAUCAUCGUAUUUUGAAAGGCAAGGUCCAAGGAGAUAUUGAUUCAGCUGAAGUAAAGCCCCUGACUUUUGCAAGGUUUUACCUCCCUAUGUUAAUUUCUGGCACAGAGAAGGCAAUUUACCUGGAUGAUGAUGUGAUUGUACAAGGAGAUAUCCGUGAACUUUAUGACACUGAACUGAAGCCAGGUCAUGCUGCUGCAUUUUCCGAAGAUUGUGAUUCAGUAUCUUCCAAGGUGCUGGUUAGAGGUGCUGGAAGUCAGAACACAUACUUGGGCUUCCUUGAUUAUAAAAAGGAAACAAUUAGAAAACUUGGUAUGAAGGCAGGCACAUGCUCCUUCAAUCCUGGUGUCUUUGUCGCGAAUCUCACAGAAUGGAAGCAACAAAAUAUCACACAGCAACUUGAAAAAUGGAUGGAAAUCAAUGUAGUGGAGAAUUUGUAUGGUGGUGCCCUGGCUGGUAGUGUGACAACACCACCUCUGCUGUUGGUGUUCUAUAAACAGUAUUCAGCCAUCAAUCCAUUGUGGCAUGUCAGGCAUCUAGGCUCCAGUGCUGGUACCAGGUAUUCAUCACAUUUUAUUAAAGCUGCCAAGUUGCUGCACUGGAAUGGACGGUUCAAACCUUGGGGUCGUACUUCCCCUUACAGUGAAAUAUGGGAUAAGUGGUAUGUUCCAGAUCCUACCGGAAAAUUCCAUCCAGUCCGUCGACACCCAGAGGAAGAGGAUGCUCAUUAGGAACAAUAUUGACUUCCAAUUUAAUCAUUUCGUGAAUUUUUGAUAAAAAAGUACCUCUGCUCAGGAAUUUAUUUCUUAGGUCAAUGUGUUGUUAAGAUUAACUUUAUAUCAAUACUUUGUAUCAAAAAAUGUUCAAAUCCUGUGUAAACUAGUUCUAAAAAUACAUCAAUAUAUUAAUUUAACCCAGAAGAGUAUUUGUAUAUAUUGAAUGCUUUAACUUUUAAGAAUGUUGUCCAAAUUACAUUUCAUUUCAAUUAAUGUUUAAAGAAUGAAAGGGUAGCAAUUUUUUUAAUCAGCAAGUUGCUUUUGUCUCCUUUAGUAUAUGGUUAGAACUGAACCAUCAGUACUAGGUUCUGGUAGGUUUCAGUUCGACAAAUUUAUAUAUUUACACUUUCAUUUCAAUUGGAUAGAUGCAGUUAUAUUGGCAAUAGACUCAAACAAUCAGGAACAGAAAUUGCUCCAAUAUUACUGAAUGUCUAAAAACAAGCUUCAUUUUAACUUGAUAAGUGUUUUCAGCAUUUAGAAAAUUAUUUUCUUGAUCAGCUUAAGCAUUAGGUGAGCCAGCCUUUACAAGUUUGAUUUAGAAAGACCACAAGACAUAAUUAUCAAAUUUCUAAUGUCUACAGUGUUUUGGUUAUAUUAAAGUGUUACAAAGGUGCCAUAGGUCAGUCAGAAAUUCGCAUCUCCCCCCUUCCCCCCAAUUGGCUUGGCAGCAGCUAAAACUACUUAAAUUUUAACCAUUUUAAGAGCAGUUAAAUCUUUCUGUGAAUCUUGCUAUCAAGCUGUCAAUUUAGUUAAAAUAGAAAUAGCUGGAAUUAUCUGGAUGGACUAAUAUCAACAAUGAAAAUUCACAAGUAUUUCACAUUGUUGAACCUUUCAGGUUAUUUUCCAGUUUAACUUAUACAUUGCUGGAAAAAAAGAGCAACAACUCAAAGCUAUAAAUUUAUUGUCUCAUAUCCUAUAUUUCACAAGUUAAGACAAAUUCUUAUUACAGUAUAAAAUUCAAAAGCCAUUUUAUAAUUAAAAUUGCAUAUUUAUAAACAAACAGUGGAGUCCAUUUCUUUUUAUAACUCUGCAUCGGGGGCUGCAUGGGGUGAACACAUCUGCACUGAUCGUAGUCUUCAAAUAUAAUCAAUGCUGAAGUUCACUGAUCUCUCACAGGACAGAUCUAUGUUUAUACAUUUUUGACUCAGGAGAUUCAUUUUCU